CCGUGCUCAAAUUGGGGGAUUUUCGGGUUAUAGCGUCAGCGGAGCGUGUCGGAUGAUGCGUAAGAAACGUUCGGGCGGCGGAAUGGACGCGACGGUCGACGAGCUGAGCGCGGCGUAUAAGGAGUUCGUGGCGGCUGCGGUGGCCGUGAUGGAAGCUCGCGAGCAGUCGGGCGGCCAGAAGACGGCAGCCACAGACGCGGCGCUUGAAGCCUUCAAGCAGCGAUGGGAGCUCUUCCGCGUCUCCUGCGACCACGCCGAGGAGCUCGUUGAGUCCAUCCGCCAGCGCAUCGGCUCCGAGUGUCUCGUCGACGAGGCCACGGGAUCUUCCUCUUCCGCCUCCGCGCCCGCAAGCGUCGCGCUGGCUGCCCCCGGCAUCAAGCCAAUCAGCGCCGUCCGCCUCGAGCAGAUGAGCAAGGCCGUCCGCUGGCUCGUUAUCGAGCUUCAGCACGGCGCCGGAGGGCCCUCAGCUGCCGGACCUGGCGGUGGCGUCUCAACCCCGGCUGCCGGCGCCGGAGGGCAGCAUGUGCACGGCGGGGUCGAAUCGCGCUUCCCCGAGGAUGGCACCCAGUAGGUACUGUUGUUGCUUAUUAAGUAGUAGUAUCAUGUUUCAAAAAAUAAGACAAGGAAUUUAUGUGAUAUGUGUGUUAACUGUUAAGUUUUGAGAUUGGAAACAUUACGGUUUGUUGUGCUCAGCAUAGUACCUGAUGCGUAAAGGUGCGAAAUAUGGGGAAAGAACCACCAAAUGAUUGGCAUUAUUAUUGCUAGCUUUUUUCCUUGGCUGGCUGAUAUUUUUU